AAUAUCGUGUCUAUCACAAACGACACCACCUUUCUUCAGAAAAUUCAUUCUCCAAUUCUCUUGAAAUUCCAAAACUCCUAAAGAAACCAAAAAACACUCUUGACUUAAGGAGGACGUGUGGCAUUCAUUAAGUAAUUAAUACUUGGAAAGAAUUAAAGCAGUGGCCGGAAUCUAGCCUCUUGCAUGGCUUUACACACUUCUUUAUUCAACAACUUCAUGUAUUUCUUGAUAUUCAUGGAGGAAAAAUAACAAGAUACAGAGGGAAACUCUUGUUCUAAGUAGCAUCAUAUAUUAGAGCUUUGCCAGCCAAAAUUUAUGCGGACUUGCCGCAAGAAACUUCAGACUUGCUGAACAAUAGGUCACCACACUUUUUUCUUCUAGGUGGUUCAAUCAAGAUUCAAGUGAUUGGCAAGGAUAAUAAUUAGGCUAUGGCCUUUGGGAAAUUUGCAGGAGCUUUUAGAUGACCAUUGUAUUAAUGUAUUUGGCAAGUGGUAAAUUCAAGAAAUAGAAAUUAUGGGUUCUGAUUUCCAUCUAUUUUUAUGCCGGGCUGAGACCAGGAGAGUAUUAUGGGUAAUGGGAGGUGUGUUUGCAUUUUCUAUACUAGUUCAACAAUAUUUUGAACUUCCAUAUGGAAACUUUAUAGGGUCCCUAUUUUCUGGUGUAAAUUCCAAUAGAACGAACAACGUUAAUACACAAUUCAACUUUACUGUGGGAUUCGAUGGGAAAAUGAAGAGAAACGACUCUAUUUUUCCGAUUAAGCCAAAUGACAGUUCUGGAGUGGAAUUGCUGAAACCAAACAGGGACUUAGCUCCAGAGAGAGCUAAGGAAUUUGAGAAUAUAUUCAAAGGGAAGAAUGAAAAUGCAGCCCCGAUGUUGGAAGAACAAAGUAAAGACGAUAUUGCCCCUCUAGCCUCCAACGUCUCAUUACCGCCAAUGAUUUCACUAGCUCCAUCUGUUUCACCUAGACAUGUUGACGAUAAUUCGAUAGUUAUGCAUAGUUCUGAUAAUCCUGGUGGGGCCACAACUACUCAGAAUAAUGAAGUAGUUGCAUUUGUCCCUUUAAAGUCGAAUGCUGCAGUACAGACGAUGAAUUCACCAGCUCCCUCUGUUUCACUUAGACAUAUUGACGAUAAUUCGACUACUGCUCCAAAUAAAGCAACAGAGCUAUUAAGAAAUGAUCUUGCCUUGUCAGGGAACGCUUCCACUUUGAACAAAGCUCUUGCUGUUCACGAUAAUUUGACUACUCUGGCUAGUUCUCAUACACCCUAUGGUGCCAAAACUCCUUCUGUGAAGGAAGCAUCGGAUAAGCCAGUGAAAGGUGUAGUGUCAAUAUCUGAAAUGACUAAUAUGUUGCUUUGGAGUCAUCACCCCUCGAACCUUCUAACGAAUCCGAAGUGGUCUUCAGCCAGUGAUGAAGAAUUGCUCAGUGCAAAAUCACAGAUUGAAAGUGCAGCUAACAGUAUCGGUGAUCUUGGCCUACAUGCACCAGUUUAUCACAAUGUUUCAAAGUUUAUAAGGAGCUAUGAGUUAAUGGAACGGAAUCUCAAGGUUUACAUCUACAGGGAAGGCAAGAGACCCGUAUUCCAUCAAUCAAGGCUCACGGGCAUCUAUGCUUCAGAAGGUUGGUUCAUGAAGCAGUUAAAAGCUAGCCAGCACUUCCUCACCAAUGACCCAAACAAAGCACACCUGUUUUACUUGCCGUUUAGUUCUCAAAUUUUGGAAGAAGUGCUAUAUGUGCCUGGUUCUCACAGCUUCACUAAUUUAAAAGCAUAUUUGAAAAACUAUGUUGAUUUGAUCAAGGGAAGAUAUCCGUUUUGGAACAGAACACAAGGAGCUGACCAUUUUCUUGUUGCUUGCCACGACUGGGCCCCAGAAGAAACUAGGUGUGAGAUGGCCAAUUGCAUAAAGUCUUUAUGCAAUGCUGAUUUGAAAGAAGGAUUCAAGUUAGGCAAGGAUGCUUCUCUACCUGAAACGAACAUUGGCUCAGCUGAUCCAUCGAGAAGCCUUGGAGGCAAACGUCCUAGCCAACGAAAAUUUCUUGCUUUCUUCGCUGGCAGUAUGCAUGGUUAUGUCCGUCCUAUUCUUUUAAAGCACUGGCAAAACAAAGAUCCAAACAUGAAAAUCUUUGGCCGGAUGCGCAAGACUGACUACAUCCACCACAUGAAGAGCAGCAAGUACUGUAUAUGCGCAAGGGGUUAUGAAGUCAACAGUCCACGAGUCGUGGAGGCUGUUUCCUACGAAUGUGUUCCUGUGAUCAUAUCUGACAACUUCGUACCACCAUUUUUGGAGACAUUGAAUUGGGAAUCCUUUGCUGUUUUCGUCCUAGAGAAGGACAUUCCAAAUCUGAAGUCUAUACUCGAAUCGAUCUCGCUGAGAAGAUAUCUGAAACUGUAUAACAAUGUGAUCAAGGUACAACAACAUUUCCUUUGGCAUCCUGAACCUGUAAAAUAUGAUAUGUUCCACAUGAUACUUCAUUCUAUUUGGUACAAUAGAGUUUUCCAGAUUGCAUCCUAGUUUUGGAUCUUUUUAUGGUCUUGUAGCUUUGGGAAGGAAAGAAGAGAACAAGAAUCUAGCACAUUAUUUCGAUUGAUUGGAAAAUGCUAUUCCAUUAUAAUAUAGUUUGUACAACAUUUGGCGGUCGUCUGGUUUACAUAUUAAUCAAUAAUUAUACGGGGA